AAAAAUGCGAAUCUACCUCUCAAAUCGAGAACCAGAAUUUAAUCAUCGCUUCACAAAAGAAUACUAACAUUUUGCAAUCUUCAGUUUAUUUAGAAUUACCAGUAAUUUCUCGACUGGAGGGUGGCUCACAAUUAUCCACCUCAACUAUUGAAAUUCACUCUGACAAAGAAAACAGUACAGGCUCUAAGGUCCCAAACCAGGUACAAAACGUUAUUUCUUCUGAAACGGAUCUUGAUAAUAUCACUUCUGCCACAUCUAACCUUAGUGAAAUUGAGCAAAGCUCAGAAUCUGCACCAUCUAUCUGCACAGAACCUAAAUCAUUGGAGGAUAAGGAGAUAGAUGAAUUUCUGGAUUCAGCGUAUAAGGAAAAGGCAAAGACCAAUAAAUCAUUAACUCCCAAAUAUUUGGAAUGGCAUAAUAAAUUUACUGAAUUAUCAAGUAUUUAUUCCAAGUUAUAUAAGAGAUACAAGAAAGAAACCGGUCUUGACCCCUGGAUAAACUCUGAAACUUUCGAUCUCUCACAAAUAGAGGAUACCGAUAAUUAUCCUUCACAGGAUUGUGUUAUCAAAAUUUUCAAGUUUCCGGAAGAGAAAAGUACAAUCCAUGAAGCAGUACAUAAACGCUUCCCUUUCUUGUCUUACACUAAUUCGAAUGCAUGGCACCGGGAUGUUUUUAAAUAUACUAAUUCAGAAGUUAAAUGUCCGAUAUGCAAAGAGAUACAUACACGAUAUUGUAUAUGGGGUGAUUGGAGCGAUCUAGGUAAAGAUGAUCAUUAUUAUCUCAAUUGUUCACUUCGUAUCGAUCAAAAGAAAGUUAUAAUUGCUAUACAGAACAGUUUGCUGAAAACUCAGGUAGCGGUAUUAAUCAAAAACCGCCUUUAUCAAUAUGCCAUCGAUCAUGGAAUAGACCCCAAGGAAUUUUUGAUCAUUACAGAGGCUGAAAGAAAUAGAAAAUAUCAUAAGUUUUUAACAGAUCGGGAUAAGCUGGUCGGUGAAAAGUUAUCACGUCGUGGUAUACUAAAAAGUGGUUUAAGUACUGCAUGGCUUGAUGAACUUAUGGAAAAAUGGGAAAAGAUCCAUACUCAAUUCACACAGAUAUUUGGCCAGAACUUUGACCCUUUUGAGAAAAAGACUUUACAUGUACCGCAGGUAAAUAUUCAAUCUACACCAUCUAAACAACCUGUUUGA